AUGUCUGUCGCGCUCCCACAACAUCGCCCACGCCACCACAAUGCCAGUCACAUCACCGCAUUGCCUCUCACGUUACCACAUCACCCACACCGACACAAUGCCACCUAUAUCACCACUAUGCCAACCACGACACCACAAUGCCAACCAUGCCAUCACAAUACUAUCCAUACCGCCACAAUACCAAGCAAGCUAUUCAGCCAUACCACCACAAUGGCAGUCACGUCACCGCAGUACCACCUCUCCAACACAGUGCCACCCACACCACCCAAGCCACCACAAUGCCAGCCACACCACCACAUGCCGCCCAAACCACAACAGUGUCAACCACACCACCACACACCAAUCACACCACCGCAAUGCCCCACACCACCCAAACCACAGUGUGAACCCACCACCAGUCACACCACCACAAUGCCACCACGCCAUCGCAAUGCUACCACACCACCAGUCACAUCAUCGCAAUGCCACCACACCAUCGCAAUGCCACCACACACACCACCGCAAUGCCACCACACCAGCAGCCACACCAGCCGCAAUGCCACACACCAGCAGCACACCACCGCAUGCCACACACCAGCAGCCAUGCCACCACAGCAUGCCACCACACCAGCAGCCACACCACCGCAAUGCCACCACACCAGCAGCCACACCACCGCAAUGCCCACACACCAGCAGCCACACCACCGCAUGCCACCACCAGCACCACACCACCGCAUGCCACUCGCCACGCAAUGCCACGCAUGCCACCACACCCCGCAAUGCCAACCCACACCAGCAGCCACACACCGCAUGCACCACACCAGCAGCAGCGCCGGCCGCCGCCGCCGCCUGCGUCAGCCGCCGCCUCAGCGCCGCCUCAGCCCUGCACACUCCGGCGGGAAUACCUCGGGCGGCUGGCAGGGUCUUGCUCAAGUUUAA